AUGGCAUCGAGAGGAGUAGGGUUAGAGAUGGAGAAGAUGAGCGUGGAGCAACUCAGAGCCCUAAAAGAGCAAGCCGAUCUAGAAUUCAAUCUCUUUCAAGACAGCCUCAACAAUAUCCGUACCGCCACCGCUCGCCUAGAAAUCGCCUCAACCGCCCUCCAUGACCUCUCCCUCCGUCCCCAAGGGAAGAAAAUGCUGGUACCUUUGACGGCGUCGCUUUAUGUUCCUGGAACGCUGGAUGAUUCAGAAAAGGUGCUGGUGGAUGUAGGCACUGGUUACUUUAUUGAGAAAACAAUGAUGGAAGGAAAGGAGUACUGUGAGCGUAAGAUUAACUUGCUGAAGUCUAAUUAUGACCAACUUCUUGAGGUUGCCACUAAGAAGAAAAGCAUAGCAGAUGAAACCGGGGCAAUAUUACAAGCGAAGUUGAAGCAACUAGCCCCCAUACAAUAA